ACUGCUUAUGAAGGAGAAGACUUGUCUCUCAACUGCACCUAUAACACCAGUUUAUCAGCUCCAUCUCUCUUCUGGUACAUUCAAUCCACAAACGAUUACCCUGAAUAUGUUGAAAGGAUGUCAUUGGACCAGUGGAUUUUGAUGAUAAAUUCAAGAAGAGAUUUGAUGCCCAUCUCUGUUCCAUUACCAAAUCAGUCCCCUUGACGUUCCAGAGGGUACAUCUGUCUGACUCUGCUGUGUACUACUGUGCUUUGAGGCCCACCGUGACAACAGGAUAUACAGCCCCCCUACAAAAACAAGUGUAUCCUUGGCACUAGUGUAGAAAAAAUGCAAGCCUUACUUCUGUGGUGGGUGUGACGUAACCAGGGCUGUACACUUCAAACAGUGACACACAGAAGAACAUUUCAGAGGAGAGUGAAUGCAUGCAAACAUCAGCCUGAAGAUGGAGAAAUCAAUCAGUGUAUUGAUUAUUCUGAUUAUGGCUACAGGUAAAAAAUACCUAAACAUUUGAAUUCCUUGCAUUCUUAUAAUCAGAUUAUUAUUAUGGUAUUGGUUGGAAAACAUUUAUUGAUGAAGUGAAAUAAUUUAAAUUUUAAUAAUAAGCAUGAGUUUUCAAUCAGCUUUAUUAUCUAUUUUUCCUCUGCAGGAAUGGUAUCUGGAGAUAGUGUGACUCCAGACAAGGAGGAGUUCACCCCCACUGAGGGAUCAUCAGUGACUAUGAGCUGUACAUAUGAAACAAGCAGUGAUUAUGUUGACCUUUACUGGUACCGGCAUUAUUCUAACCAGGCUCCUCAGUUUCUACUGUAUAAAGGUGCCAGAUCAAGAACCAGUGAACAUAUCCCUGAUAAGAGAUAUACAUCCAAAACAUUCCAGACAUCAACUGAACUGAUCAUACAACAUCUAACCCUGGCAGACACAGCUCUCUACUACUGUGCUCUUGACUCAACACAG